GGGCUCAGUCAGGUACGAGAGGCAGCAGCAGGAACACCUCCCCUGCCACAGACGCUUGGUGGUUCCUCGCCCGUGCCGUCAGGGUCACCGCGAACUCACGUCACUCUUAUUGGUUUAUCAUCAACAAAUUCCCUGAAGUGUUACUGCGGAGGGUAAAUUCGUCAUUUAAAAAAAAAUAGCAAUUCUAUUUUCAAAUUCUUAAAAAGAAAAAUCUCUUAAAAAAAAACUGACUUAAUAACUAACACACACAAUUCAGGACACCCGAACCCCAUAGCUCAUACACGCACACACAAAGAAGAAAAAAAGGAAACAGAAAAAGAGAGAAAAAAGGAAGGACUCCCCAAGGACCCCGGUAGGAAACAAGAAGAGCCUUUGUGACAAUGCGCGAGAGGGAUUCGUGGGUAGUCCCCGCCUCCAACUACGCCAAGAACACCUUCAACCCCAUCAGGAACAUCGUCGAGAACCUGCAGAUCGUUCCUCACCCGGAGAAGCCUAUGAUCGCCCUCUCGAUCGGUGACCCCACUGUGUUCGGAAACCUAAAACCCGCUGAAGAAAUUACCGAAGCCGUAGUCACAUCCAUCCGUAGUGGCAAAUACAAUGGUUACGGACCAAGCACAGGUUUUGUAGAGUCGAGGGAGGCCGUGGCGAAGUACGUGUCUGUCCCUGGCGUUGUAGAGCUCGAGGCGAAGGUAAGAAAAGGUUCUUUUUGUCAACAAGAAGUUCCAGAUGUGCUUUCUUUAUGGCAAUGUCUUUCAUCUUCAUCACUAUCAUAA